AUGGGCAACAAGGCUUUUGCUCGCAAUAACAAAAGCUGUUGUUGUGAGGAGAAGGCAAAACCUCCAAGCGACUCGUGCUCGGAGGAACCUUCUGCAAGUGAUCCUUAUGACCAUCAUCCACCAAUCAGAGUCAAUGAAGAAUUAAUCACUCCAUAUCCGUUGUUUCAAGACCGAGUUUUUCAAAUUCGAGAAUUAUUUCAUAUCAUUGUGAUGAAUGGACUGCUGCCAUUCAGUGAUCUCUUGCAAUGCGAACGAGUUUGCAAAUUGUGGUAUCAAUACAUGAAUGGUGAUAGUUCCGACCAUGAUGAUUGUGGUAUGUGGGGAGAUUUCAUCCAUGCCAUAACGAAGAAGAAAGGAUCCUCUUCUCAACAACAUGAAAAGAUUACAAAAGUACAUGUUUUAAUGAUACAACAUUUACUUCAUCGAAUGGAACAUAGACUUGACUAUUCUUAUUUAAAAAAGUUCUUGGAUAUUAAGGUAGAUGAGCAUACCAUGAGUUCUAAAUCGGAGAACCCAAAUUGGACUCCUCAACAAUAUGCAGCAGAUACUAACUUAAAUCAUUAUUCAGACAUGUGGAAUUGUUUGUGUCAUGUUUUAAUAUUUUCGAAGAAAAUCAAUUCGACAAGUGACAAAUUCCAACUACAGAGAUUUUGCUACACUCAAAAAUAUUUCUUCCAAUAUCGAUAUUACAUUGAUUCGAUAAUGCUAUUUCAUAAUUUAGAAAAUCCUGAAAAACCUCUUCUGUGUUUUUGUGAAGGUCAGCAAGUUCCGCAACAACCUGUCGAUAAUACUAGCAAUAUUACAAACCCAACAGAUUAUACUAAUUGCUAUAUUUACAACGCAAUUUGCUUAAAACAAUUUACAGAGAAAGUAAGACAACAAGGAGAAAAUGUUCAUACUCUCUUUGACGCAUUUAGAUAUUUCAAGUUUCAAAUAGCUAGUGAAGAUAGUAGUAAUAGUGAAAAGGAAGAGAACAUUAUAGAAGAAUCUCCACAAAUAUUUCAACAAAAAGCGAAUAAUGUUCUUUGUAAUUGGCUUGCUUUUAUGAGAAUUCUGAUGAAACAAGAACAAGGUCUUGACUAUGUAUAUUUCGAAGUGAUGAGAAUCAUGUUUCACCUAUGUAGAGGGCAUUUCAACGAUACAUUUUCAUUCAAGUGUCACCGAGAUAUUUCACAGUUCACAUCAACGGGUAACUCUGAAGCAAUGCAAUAUGUAAAAACGAAAUACAACAUUUGGUACCAUGAUGAAUAUAUGGGCAGGAAUUUCAACAGCUCAGUACAUCAAUCAGAAUUCGAUCAUUUCACUUGUUUUGCAGAACAGAGCUAUUCCUGUACAGGGAGUAUUGGAGGACGUAAUGUUUACUGGUAUGCACUUGUGUUGUCAAUACAAAAAGAUGGAACUGGCUUUCAAUUUGCAGUGAAAGGUCUAGCAUGGUUCAAAAAAAAGAGGGCGUUGUUUAUCUUGAUUUCAAAAUUGGCCCUUAUUCCGGACAAGUAUCUACCAAAUAGUGAAUUAAUUACAUUAAUAAUUAUUAAUCGAAAUAUAAAGUAA